UAGAAGCGUGCAACUCCAAAGUGAGUGGAAGAGAGAAGAAAAACCAAUGGAGGAGCUAAAACCAAGGCUUGCAAACUCAGCUCCUCUUACCCCAUUAGGCUAUCUUGAAAGAGCAGCCACUGUGUACGCAAACUGUACUUCUAUCAUCUACAACCACACCACCUACACCUGGUCUCAGACCCAUCUCCGAUGCCUCCGCGUGGCUUCCUCCAUUUCAUCCUUCGGCAUCAACCGCCACGACGUCGUUUCCGUCCUCGCUCCCAAUAUCCCCGCCAUGUACGAGCUCCAUUUUGCUGUUCCCAUGGCCGGUGCGGUUCUCAACACUCUCAACCUUCGUCUCGACCACCGUACCAUCUCCGUACUCCUCCGCCACAGCGAAUCCAAGCUCGUCUUCGUGGACAAGCUCAGCAAGUCUCUCAUCCAAGAUGCCAUCUCUUUGUUCCAACCAGGUACUCCAAUCCCACGUCUCGUCCUCAUUGAUGGUGAUGAUGGUGAUGAUGAUCGUACUGAGGCUGCUUUGCCAAGUACAUUGUCAUCUUCAUCACCAGCUGUUGAGUUUGUUUGCAGGUACGAGGACAUGGUGGUGAAUGGUGAUCCUGAGUUCCAGUGGGUUCAACCUCUGACUGGAUGGGACCCACUGGUACUCAAUUAUACAUCCGGAACGACGUCGUCUCCCAAAGGUGUGGUCCACUGCCACAGAGGGGUUUUCAUCUCCACCUUAGAUUCGCUCGUUGAUUGGUCUAUGCCCAAGAGGCCCGUGUUUCUGUGGACCCUACCCAUGUUUCACGGGAAUGGGUGGACCUUUCCGUGGGGAAUGGCAGCUGUUGGUGGGACCAACAUCUGCCUCAGGAAAUUUGAUGCGCCGUUGAUCUACCGUCUGAUUAAGGCCCACAAGGUGACUCACUUGUGCGGUGCACCUGUGGUGCUCAACAUGCUAGCGAACUCUCCCGCUGCCGAACCGCUAAAUCACCGGGUUUUUCUCGACGUAGCCGGAGCUCCGCCUCCACCGACGCUGCUCCUCCGGAUGGAGUCGCUGGGUUUUGAGGUCACUCACGGGUACGGGUUGACAGAAGCCGGAGGACUCGUGGCGACGUGCGAGUGGAAGCCGGAGUGGGAUCUGUUACCGGCGUCGGAGAGAGCGAGGUUGAAGUCGAGGCAGGGAGUGAGGACGGUAGCGAGGAGCCGGGUGGACGUGGUGGAUCCGGAAACGGGUCGGAGCGUGGAACGGGACGGGGUGACGAUGGGAGAGGUGGUCGUGAAAGGCGGGUGCGUGAUGCUCGGUUAUCUCAAAGAUCCCGCCGGAACGGCGAAAUGCUUGAAGGAGGACGGGUGGUUCUACACCGGAGAUGUGGCGGUGGUGCAUCCCGAUGGGUAUUUGGAGAUCAAAGACAGAUCCAAGGACGUCAUUAUCAGUGGCGGAGAGAAUCUGAGCAGUGUGGAAGUUGAGUGGGUGCUGUAUACCCACCCGGCGAUCAACGAAGCAGCGGUGGUGGCUCGGCCGGACGAUUACUGGGGAGAGACGCCGUGUGCGUUUGUGAGCUUGAAGGAAGGGAUUGGAGGAAGCAAACCCAGUGAGAAGGAGGUGAUUGAAUAUUGCAGAGCCAGGUUGCCGCAUUUCAUGGUGCCCAAAACGGUGGUGUUCAAGGACGAGCUACCGAAGAGUGGUACCGGAAAGAUUCAGAAGUUUGUUCUGAGAGAAAUUGCAAAAGGCAUGGGUUCCGUGGGAGCGAGUCGGACUCGGCCUCAGAGUCGGUUAUAACUGCUGAGUUAACUCGGUUCAACUCGAUUGUCUUUUAUGCCGGUGCAUCAAUUUCGCGCAGUCAAGUCAUAUUGGAAGUUUAUUUAAAAAAAAAAAAAAAAAGUCAUAACGGAAGUUUCAUAAAAUUUAUUUAUAAAAGAAUAAAAAAAAGGAAAAAAAGAAAAAAAGAAAAAGAAGAAGCCAGCCUGUUUUUCGUGUGUAGAUUUUCAGUAUUUCCUCUUAAAGGAAGAAUAUUGUUAUUUUUUAAUUUCUAUUUUCAAAGGUUUAGAGAAGUUUGCCAUUGAAAUAAGCAAUUACAUCUAUAGUACUUAAGUUUU